ACUCUGAGGUCCAGCCCCCUCUCAGUAGCACUCUCAGUAGUGCCAGAUCUCAGGGAGGUAUUGUCCCUUCUCACAGCAGCUCGCAUUACUGAGCUGAAAGGCAGAGAGGCAUGGGUUGGGGGGAGAAUGUUCCUGUGCUGGGGUUGAGGACGGGGCUGAAGAUGGGGCAGUGUCUGGGACAGGGAUCGCUGGCCCUGCUGUACUGCCUGGCCCUGUGUCCGGGGACCGUCCAGGGGGACAAGGUCUUGGUGAUGCCUGUAGAUGGGAGCCACUGGCUGAGCAUGAAGCUGCUGGUGAAGGAGCUGGCGGCCAGGGGCCAUGAGAUGGUGGUGCUGGUCCCUGAGACGUCCAUCCUCAUCCAGGGCUCUGACUACUACAGGACUGAGACUUUUAGGGUCCCUUACAGCAAGGCCCAGCUGGACGAGAGCGUCAACAAACUGAAGGACGGUGUGUUUCUCAAGAUGCCGGAGGUAAUGGAUAUAUUUGUGAGCGUGCAGCAUCUGGUUGACUUCACCACCAUGCAGGUGAAAGGCUGUGAGGGUCUGCUGUAUGAUGAAUCCCUGAUGCAGCGUCUCAGAGGAGAAGGGUUCCAGCUGAUGUUGACGGAUCCCUUCCUACCCUGUGGAUCCAUCAUUGCUGACUCCUUCAACAUCCCAGCAGUGUACUUCCUGAGGGGGAUCCCCUGUGGGCUGGAUGACAGGGCUGCCCAGUGCCCCACUCCCCCCUCCUAUGUACCACGCUUCCACUCAGGCAACACUGACCACAUGGACUUCCUAGGGAGGUUGAAGAACAUGAUGAUGUACGGUCUGGAGAGCUACCUGUGUACAUUCAUGUUUGCCAGCUUUGACAAGCUGACCAGUAGGUAUCUGGAGAAGGACAUGACGUACAGGGAGCUGCUGGGAAACGGUGCUAUCUGGCUGCUGAGGUAUGACUACUCCUUUGAAUAUCCCAAACCCAGGAUGCCCAACAUGGUCAACAUAGGAGGCAUCAACUGUGGUAAAAGAGCUCCACUGCCACCGGACCUGCAGGAGUUUGUGGAUGAGUCAGGAGAGGAUGGCUUCGUGGUCUUCACCCUGGGCUCUUUGGUCUCCCAGAUGCCAGAGGAGAGAGCCAAGCAGUUCUUUGAUGCCUUCAGCAGGAUCCCUCAGAGGGUUGUGUGGAGGUACACAGGGGUGGUGCCUGAGAAUGCUCCAGCCAACGUCAGAGUGAUGAAGUGGCUUCCUCAGAAUGAUUUGCUGGGCCACCCCAAGGUCAAGGCCUUCAUCACCCACGGAGGAACCCACGGUAUUUACGAGGGGAUCUGUAACGGCGUUCCCAUGGUGAUGCUGCCAUUGUUUGGUGACCAGGGUGACAACGUACACCGCAUGGCAGUGAGGGGAGUAGGGGAGGUGCUCAGUGUGUUCGACGUCACCUCAGACAAACUGGUGGAGGCCCUCAACAAGGUCAUCAAUGACAAGAGUUACAAGCAGAAGAUGCUACAGCUGUCAACGGUGCAUAAGGACCGUCCCAUUGAGCCGCUGGACCUGGCCGUGUUCUGGACAGAGUUUGUGAUGCGCCACGGAGGAGCCGACCACCUGAGACCCGCUGCUCACGACCUGAACUGGAUCCAGUACCACAGUCUGGACGUGUUCGCUCUGCUACUUACUAUAAUUCUCACUGUUGUCAUGGUCACCGUUAAAUGCUGCAAAGUCUGCUUCCGCAAGUGCUGUGGAAUGAUUUGGACAAUGAAGAUGAAGAGUGAGUGAAUGUCCUUCCUGUGGCUUAGGCUGGGAUUCAAUACAAGGCUGGUUGUAGUGCACUGUCACCAAUAAUGUGCCUUUUACAGGCAAUGUUUCCGUGUUUGCUGUGAUCGCAUUCACGUUAUAUGCUGCAGAUAUCAACUCAAAUUAUCUUCAAAUGUUAAGCGACCUACAAAGCUAUGCUUGAAUACCAGCCAAGCCUUAAGGCACUAGAGUCCAGUGAAGCUAUACUGCCACCUCUAGGGCCUGUGUGUAUAACAGGGAAGAUAUACUGUAGGCUACUGUAGGUUGAAGUAAAGGAACACCAAAAAACUGCUCAGAAAACCCACACCUGGGUUUGUAUGGUGUGUGUGAGUGAAGGGUUUGUGUGUAGUGGGGGGAGCUUACGUCAUGUUUGAUAUCUCAGGAUAAUGUCAAAGUAACUUCAUGCAUCGGUUAUCAAUAAUGCCAGCAAGACACAAGUCCCAUUUCUCAGCCACUGUGCCUUUGGAAGAGUAUGGCCUAGAUGAAAUCCGUAUUGUGGAAGAUCAGUGCAAUAGCGCGAUUGCCAUUUAAAAACAAUGUUCCUGCAUUUGCGGAGACUGCGUUCACACGUGUCUCAAACGGAAAUUUUAAUUGCAUUAUAACGCAGCUCUUCCGCGAUAUGGUUGAAUCUAGCCAUGACUCAAACUGUUGGCCUUUCUAGUUCAGCCUAUGUCAUGCUGAUUCAAUACCCUGUUAAAGGCCCAGUGCAGUCAAAUUUGAUUUCCCUGUUAUAUAUAUAUAUAUAUAUAUUUACACACACACAGAGUUUGGAAUAAUACUGUGAAGAGAAAAGUAUGAUCAUGUCCUUUUAGUAUAAGAUCGGUUUAAAAAGACCACCUGAAAUGUCAUCCUAUUUACGUGGAAUGGAGUUAUGGCCUGCCUGUUGACAUCUCCAUGCUGCAAGUUAGUUAAUAAACCAAUAAGAAAGAGUUCCAAACCUAUUUGCCAAUAACAGCUAGUUUAGUUUCCCACACCCCACUCAGACCACUCCUAGAUAGUCCCAGCUAAAUACUUGCUUGAGAAAUUGAUCUUAGCUAAGAAGCUGUUUGUUUAAAAUUAAAAUGGUAAAAUAAUCGCAGUAAUGUACUUAUUUGUUACCCAGAAAUGAUUUGAUAUUGAGAUAUAAAUGGCUACAUUGGACCUUUAACAACCAAAUUGGUGACAGGAGAGUCUUUGAAAUUAUUUUUCACUGGUAAAAAGUGAUGUCUUCCAUGCGAUGUCAACAUGUUGCUAGAUGUUAAGACAAAGAAUACGUAUUUUGCUUAUUUGUUGUUGUACAGUAUUUUGGAUCACAUUGUGAAAAAAAAUUAUCUACAAAUACAUUUUAAUAAAAAGUUGUCCCUUUU